AUGGCAGCCUCCACAAGCGCUUCCACCACUUGCAAAACCCACCGACUGAUCACCCCACAGCUUCCAAAACCCUACUCCUCCUCCCAAUUGCCCUUCAAGUUCCACAAAUUUGCCCCCCGCGCCACCACCCCUUCUUCCAUCUGCUGCACCCUCACCCGAGAUUCAGCCCCUCUUCAGAUGGAGGACAAGCACGAAAAUGGGUCCUUACCGGUUCCGCCCCGACCCGAUUCCUUCGGCCGGUUCGGUAAGUAUGGCGGCAAGUACGUCCCCGAAACCCUAAUGCAUGCCCUCACCGAGCUCGAGGCUGCUUUUCAUGCUCUUGCUAAUGACGAGGACUUUCAGAAAGAAUUGAAUGGCAUUUUGAAGGACUAUGUUGGCAGGGAGACUCCUCUCUACUUUGCAGAGCGGCUAACUGAGCACUACAAACGCCCUAAUGGUGAAGGGCCUCACGUUUAUCUGAAGAGGGAAGAUCUUAACCAUACUGGGGCCCAUAAGAUCAACAAUGCCGUUGCCCAAGCCUUGCUUGCUAAGAAAUUGGGAAAGAAACGCAUUAUUGCUGAAACUGGAGCGGGUCAACAUGGAGUUGCCACUGCCACUGUUUGUGCUCGGUUUGGAUUGCAGUGUAUCAUCUACAUGGGUGCCCAAGAUAUGGAAAGGCAAUCCCUCAAUGUUUUCAGAAUGCGGCUUCUUGGAGCAGAGGUUAGACCAGUCCAUUCUGGGACAGCUACAUUGAAGGAUGCUACUUCAGAAGCUAUUAGGGACUGGGUAACUAAUGUAGAGACAACUCAUUAUAUUUUGGGUUCCGUUGCUGGCCCACAUCCAUACCCUAUGAUGGUUCGGGAUUUCCACAAGGUGAUUGGUAGAGAAACAAGAAAACAGGCACUGGAAAAGUGGGGAGGGAAACCAGAUGUGCUGGUAGCUUGUGUUGGUGGGGGUUCAAAUGCCAUGGGACUUUUCCAUGAGUUUGUCGAAGACAAAGACGUGCGAUUGAUUGGGGUGGAGGCUGCAGGCUUUGGAUUGGACAGUGGAAAGCAUGCUGCAACUUUGACAAAAGGGGAAGUUGGGGUCUUGCAUGGAGCUAUGAGCUACUUAUUGCAGGAUGACGAUGGACAAAUUAUUGAGCCUCAUUCUAUAAGUGCAGGCCUGGAUUACCCUGGAGUUGGUCCAGAGCACAGUUUUCUGAAAGACACACUGCGUGCUGAAUACUAUAGCAUUACUGAUGAAGAAGCCUUGGAAGCUUUUAAACGAUUGUCAAGACUGGAGGGAAUAAUUCCAGCUUUGGAGACUUCUCAUGCACUGGCCUACUUAGAGAAGCUGUGCCCUACACUCCCCGACGGGGCCAAGGUUGUGCUUAACUGCAGUGGCAGAGGGGAUAAGGAUGUUCACACUGCCAUCAAGCACUUGAAGGUCUGA